GAAGUAGCAAUGGACAUCUGGACAGCUUCUGAAUUAACUGAUCGUCCUCACUAAAUUUAUUCAUUACCUUUUAAUUUGCGGUACAUUUGUAAGCGCUGGCUUGUACAUAAGGUAAACAUCGCCAUAUAAAGUACACCUAAAGCACCGGAACAUGCUUUGCUGCUGUGCCUUACUGCCUUGGGAAUCAUGAUGGACCAUCGGAAAGCCUUAACCUUCCCAUUUACUGUCGACAGGAACAAGUUGGUGUCCUGGGCCGCCAUUCCCGGUUGCAAGCUUAAAGUGUCGGACUUGAAGCUUGAAAGGGGGUCCCAGCCGUUUGAUCACAAUCAUGCAGCACUGGUUAAAUGGGGAGUGGCCAGGAGGCGGCCUUGCCUGAAGCUGAAAGAUGUGCUGAAGACAAACCUCGGCAAGGCGUACCUGAGCAAGCAACAAGGUAACAAAAGAGGCCAAACUCCCUGCGUGAAGAGUCCGUGCAAGAAGCAGCCUGUCAGCUGUCAAAGGCAGACGCCAACCAAGAGUGAUAAAAGCGAGACGCUGACAGCCAAAAGUGACCAGAAGAGUGCGACAAAACCCCUUCAAAGGGGUCGACCGAGGAAGUGCUUACGGGUCGGUGUAACGAGGAAAUGCUUACAACCCGUUGAAGCCAAGGAAGAAAGCAAAGGCAUUGAGGAGGGUGUACUCGCCAAUGGAAAUGGAAAGGACUACAGAGUAGUAGAUUGUGGCCUGUCACUGAGCUGGAACCCUGCUCAGGAUGCUGGGGAAGAGUUUUCCUCGACUCCCAUCAAGGACAUCGGAACUGAAGAGAGGAAUCAAGUACAACCGUGUCAGAGGAAAAGAAAGAGCGGAUGGGUCAACGGCACUAGCAGCCCCAAACGCCACCGUGAAAGCGUGCUGCGCCUCACAGGGGAAGACAGAAGAAGUAGAAGGAUGCCCUCGACACAUGUAUUUUCCAAUGAAGCCGGGGAAGAUUCCGACAAUGCAGACGAUAACAUCGUGAAGUUCACAGUGGGCGCGUUGGACGGGACGCCGUGUCUUCUGCCGGUUGUCCAUCCUAAUUCGGAAAUCAGAAGUCAAAGCAGCCUUGCGUCUUCACAGGACAGCACGUCUCAGACCAGCCUGGUGGAACCCAUUGUGCUGUCCAGUGAUGACGAGGGGAGCAGCCAUGUAGACGAUGCAAAAGGAAGAGUAGAGAAAGAGGAAGCUGCAUCCAAAGAGCUAGAAGUCUCUGUUUUACAGAAUGUGGAGGCGUUACAUGCGGUUGUAGACGGGGUGGAAGCAGUUCUUCACAUGCCCAGGAUAGACACCUCUUUCCUGGGAGUUGCUUUCAGCUCCAUGUUCUGUGGGGGUUACCAAGGAAAGGCAAAUGGAAACCUCUUGAUAGCAAAUCAAAAAAUCAUCAUACCUUUGAAAGACGAAAACCACCAAUCUGAGGUGACUGUGACGUUGGAGCGCAAGGAGAUGAGGAGGUACAGCAUUUGGGAGUUAGAGGAUCUGGCAUCCAGGGGUCUUUCCUGGGAGGGCGACGUGGGCGCCGUGCUUUUAAUCUGCGUGACACAAAGUGCGGCGGUAGCAACACAGAAGGCACUCUUUCACCUGAGUGCUGAACAGGAUGGAGCCUUGAGCAGUGGUACUGUGAGUCCCUUCAUCGUGCUGAGUCUAAAGGACCCCCUGGUGGGCAUGGAGGGCGCGUUACUGCGCUCUCUCCUGGAACUCGACUGUCUUCACUGUUUGGCUAACGACGACACCUCCGUCGAUGGGCUCCACCUGAAGGACUACAUCAGUCCGACUCUGUCGCUGGAUGAAAGUUUGGAGCUGAUCAAAAGAAGCGCUCGAGACCCCCUCUUGCUGCGACGGCUCGGCGUGGAGACCACAGAAUCCACAUCAGACUCGGCCCCACCUUGUCCAUUUUCGGAUUCAAGGGCAAGCAGCAAAGAGGCCGAAACACAAACAGAGACGUCACCAGAGGCAGAACCCACACUGGAGCUGGGUGCCUCUGACGUGCAGCUGCUACUGAAUAUGGAGAAGACAUCCAUGCAGGAAGUGCAGACCACCACUGAAGGGCAGCCUCGUCCAGAAGAGGAGCAGAAAGAACUUGAAGCUCAGCAGCCCAACAAGGAGGACAAGGAGGAAAAUGUUCCUCUGUACACACUGUGCCGACGGAGAAGCAAAGAAUCAUACGUGAUCUCCAUGUGCACACCUGACUCCUCCUGGGUUAAAUAUAAACAUCAAAGCCUGGGAAAAAGGUUGAUCCAGUUCCCUCCGCCCCCCAUGAAAGGUGGCAUCACCGUGACCAUGGAGGACCUGCAGUGUCUGGACAGCGGGCAGUACCUCAAUGACGUCAUCAUCGACUUUUUCCUUAAAUACCUCCUCCACAAAUCGCCACAGGCCAUCGCCGAGCGCUCGCACGUCUUCAGCAGCUUCUUUUACAAGCAGCUCACACGCCGGGACAACGCCAGCGAGGGCAGCAUCACUGAAUCCUGUCAGAGGCAGAAGCGUCACCAGCGAGUUAAGACGUGGACACGCCACGUGGACAUCUUCAAGAAGGACUUCCUGUUUGUCCCUGUCAACCAGGAGGCUCACUGGUAUUUGGUGGUCAUUUGCUUCCCCGGACUGGAGGAGCCCACGCUGAAGGUCAGGGCAGGAAGGAGCCACAACAAGACGGGCGAGUCGCCCAAGGAAGAGGAGGUGGGAGGAAGCUCGACUGACGCUACAGCGCCGCCGUCCACGUUGUACCAAAGCAACACAGAGACUGGAAAGGAUUCCACUGAAGUCAUUCCCACUCAAGUGAACUGCACAGAGCAGACCUGCAGCAGAAAGAUGAUUUGUGAAAGGCCGUGUAUUCUUGUCAUGGACUCCCUUAAGCUGUCUCUUCACGAGCGCAUCUUCAAAGUGUUACGAGAGUACCUGCAGUCCGAAUGGGAGGUCCGCCGCGGGUCAUCGAGGGACUUUGGCCCCGACCAGAUGACAGGCUCACACUGUAAAGUUCCUCUGCAGGACAACAGCAGCGACUGUGGGCUCUACCUGCUGCAGUAUGUGGAGACCUUUCUCAAGGACCCCGUGGUGCACUUUGACCUGCCGCUAUAUCUGCAGCGCUGGUUUCCACGACAUCACGUGCGUGGGAAACGAGACGAAAUCCGCAAUCUGGUGCUGCAACUUUAUCGCCAGCAGAACUUGAGCAAGAAGCAAGAGUAAGAGUUUAGCACAGUGAAUCUUCGCUCAUACUGAGCGACACAUUUCAGCAGGAACUCUACUGGGGACUCAUCUUCAUGAACCAAGGAGCCUCUCGCUUCUACUUUUUAACUCAACUGUACAUUGUCUUCUUUAGCCUAGAACUUUUUUAAAGGAUGUUUUUUUUUGUUUUUAUAAAUAUUUAAUUUUUACUCCCUAUCACGUCAAAAUAAUUAAAGUGUGUCCAUGGUGUUGCAAGUUCCAAAUGUAGUUUGUGUAACAUAAAACUCUUCUUUGGAAUUCA